AUGCCAUGGAGGACGCAGCUCCACCACUACCCGGAUGCCAUCCAGGUCCAGGUGCAGCAGGUACAGCUGCAGGGGGAGAGGAGCAGGCCAACAUCCAGCAACAACGUGAAGCAAGGAGGCCUUGGCGAUCAAACUGAAGCUGCGGCCCAGGCAGGUGGAGGUCUGGUUUCAGAACCGCAGGGCAAGAAGAUAGAAUCUGGAUGCAAUUGCUUUGAUAUUCCUGUUUGGCCCCCAGGCAUGCUCAUAAAGUACAAUGAGGUGUCCUCAUCUGACUAUUGCGCCAAUGGGUGCUCUGCCUCACGGGCUCGUUCACCAUUUGUUCAACUUCAGAGCUCAUCAGCGCACCUGCUUCGACACUGACCCGUCCGUCGUCAUCGCCUUCGAUGACGACAAGGACACCGCAGGCGCCGUCGGCCUCGGCGGCGGCUUCCACCACUACCACAUCGUCGUCACCUACCAGGGCGUCAAGGGGUGAAUUGAUUUGAUCGUUAAUAUGUGGCUGGAUGUGAUGUUUUGCAGGUUGAAGGUGCUAAGGUGUUGGAGACGUGCCUGUACUUGUUGAGUGUUUUAUCUGUAGAGUGCUAUAUUGUGAUUGGUGUAAUAUUGUAUGGUUAUAUUGUGAUUGGUGGAAUGUAAUAAACUUGAUUGGUACAUCGGUGAUUUGGCUGUUAUUUGAAUAUAUUUAAAA